GGCCUGCUACACGAUAGCUUAGCUCAACUAGCCGCUGCCUCAUCUGGCUCCUGGAGGUUUUACUCACACCACAUCGCCAAAACGGCCAAGGAAAUGGCACAUCUCGGCAGCUAACUCAGAAGGCCGAGUUGUCGCUACAAAGGAGACUUGUGUUUUAACCAGGAAUCAGCAAGUAAUUCCUCAGCUAUGAGACUCUCUUCCCAGUAACUGACCUCUCACAAUAAUGGAGCUGUACUGGUACAUAGUUGUUAUAAUCUUCAUCAUCAUAAAGAUAUUCUUCUACGUGUGCUGGUACCGGUCAAGGCAGAGGCAACUGGCAGCAUACCUGAGCAACCCUCGUAAUGCUCAGAUAGUCAUCGUUGGAGGAAGGGCUUACCUUCAUCAGAUGUGUGAGAGACAGAGUCAAACAUCCGUCUGGCCGAGUUGGUAUGGCGUUCAGGAUGACCUGUCGAUAGAGGAGCCCUCCACAGCUCUGCCACCCGCUGCAUCCUUCUCCCACUUGGACAUGCCACCACCAUAUGAGGCAGUCUCUGGAGAGGAUGAUCUGAAGCCGCCCCCCUACAGUGAGUGUGCUCAAGGCGACGAGACCGACGCCUCUCGCCCCGCCCAUCACACUCUUCUUAUUUCUGAGGGAGGAGAUUCCAUUAGCAUUAACGAAGCUCCACCCCCAUACACGCCAUCUCUCCCGACACAAGUCAAUCAAGCAGACAGCCCUGUGAGCCACAGUGAGCCCCAGUCAGAGAGCAGGUCCACUUAAUCAAUCCUUGAUGCCAGUUUGCCUUUUCCAUGAACUGCCUUCCUACAUUCAACCUCAGUGAUUGUUGCCAGCCUAACUCUCAUCACGUGAGAGCAAAUGUUUAUUUGGAUGUUUGUGUGCCUGUACGCGUGUUGGUUUAUAGAGCCAAGUUGUUUUUUCUACUUUUUAUUGUUUGGAAAAAAAGAGAAAGUGGUCAUCUGAUGAGUGUGGCAAUAACAGAUGACAUCAGCAAGCCUGUGUGCCUCAGUCAGGAACCUGCCUCCCAGCAAGGAUGAGGAUAAUACCUUUGACCUCCAUGCUCAGAGGGAAUCGGUGAGAUAAAGGUAUACACAAGAGACAGCGAGACUUUAAAGUGUGCUCUGUUUUAUUAGGUUUUCUCCUGCUGUAGGUCUGAGGUCUCUUCCUUUCACAGAACUGAAACAUUCGAAUCAUUCUAAAAGCAUAAUUGAGGAAAUGAGUAGACACUUGACAGUUUUUGUCCCUGCUGCUGUGAAGCAUAAUAUAUGGCACGACGUCAUUUUUGUGUGUCACCUCCGUCGACAUUCUUAUGAACACAGUGACUCAGUCCGUGAUACAAAAUUCAUAGUGUAGACAGUCUGAUUACAUUUUUGGGGCAUCUUCUAUGUACCUGUGCAUAAUAAAUAGUUUCAUCUUCAAACUGUAUACUCAGUGCUCCAUUAUUACUGCACUUGAGUACUAUUUGAUAAUGAAUGCCGUAAUUGUCUUCGAUAAUUACCCAAUUUUGUCACUGGUUAUGUUUAAUAUAUUGCGGUGAUUACACUGGGACAUUAAGCAAUUCAAGUGACUAUUAGAUCUGUGAAUGGGAGUGAAUGAGGACAAGCAGGAAAGGGGAACAGGUUGAUGAAAUUCAUGAACACUUCACAGCAGUAGAUGAGAGAUUUUUUUCUCUGUUAAACAUCACUAACUGCUGGAUUUUGUCUAUUGCUGCUCUGCAUUUAAUCCUUUAUGCCAGAACACAAACAGUGGAAACAUGAAUUUUGCUAUUUCUUUCGAAAUUGAGAGUUUUGAGAAGCAUAUAGAAGAAUUUGCUGUGCAGUCCCUAAACGCAAAUUAAAUGUCGUUGAAAUAUCGUGAAUACAGUUGUAUGAUAAUCCGAUUUGUUGCUAUGAAUUGUAAUGUUAAGCUGAAGGCUUGACAUGAAAAAUAUCCUCAAAUCAAAAAAGUAUAAUGAUCAUGGAAAUAUACUCACAGGGCUACGAGCAAAGGCUCAAAAUGUUCUUGUAGCUGAAGGCUGCAUUUUACGUGACUCUUAAAAAGUCACCAACAAAACUCAGUUAUUACGCUUUUUUUCAUAGCAGUUGUUGUGAAAUGAGGACUAACCAAAAAGUUUUUUUUAACCACAGCCUCUAUUCCUUGUAAUCAUCAAUCUGCCACCGGCUGGUAGAGUUCAGCCAGCUUUGUGUAUUUCUUCUGUUGUAUUUUCUCAUAUAGUAUUGCUUUGGGAACAGUGUUUUUUAUUGUGCUUUUUGCGUCACCGCAUUUCACAUAACCCGGAAAUAACACUGUAAGAAGAUGCUCUCAAAUAAUCCACUUCCGUGUUUGUUUAAGCAAUGCUAUAGUCUAUGUAUAGUUUCUGAACAUUAAUGGGAAAAAAAUGACAAAGAUGAAACAAAAUGAAUGCUGUAUAAAUGUAUUUUGGGCUUUUGGGAAAAUGUAUAAAAUGGGGUCUUUCUUGAGAAUCAGAAGUGAAGAUGUGAUGUGUUUUAUUGGUAAUCCUCUGUUUUAUGAUGACAAAUCGUCCGUCACUGAUGCCUUUUACCAAACUUAUCCUGUGGUUUUGCAAUCUGAAGGAAGAAACAGAAGCUGCGAGGUGCAAAUGUAAAUGUAGGUUUGAACUCGGUUGAAAUUACUAACAUGGUGGCAACAUGAUGAUGAUUGACUCCCUAAACUAUAGUGUUCCAGGCUUCCUCUGUAAUGUACGUCCCGUCUGGUCACUUCAUGUUCAUUCCCAUGGUGGUUGACAUAUCAGAUCUCUCCUCUUAGUAGCUUUGUGAGUGAAGGGGAAUUAACUUUUUUUUUCUGAUUCAGGGGGGAGUGAAUACAUCUUCUGUAUUAAACCGUUGUUAUAUAUAAAAUUGCAAGUUUCAUUUCCUUCA